GUGGCUUGUUUUUGGCCUUGGAUUUCUCUAAAAUGAUCCAAGCCAUUGACUGGCUCCUAUUAGAACCGGAGAGGAUCCGGAUCCAAAAUAUUGUCGCUGUGGUAGGGGGCUUUUUGUUGCUGGGAGCAAGCGGUGGAAGAGUUGAAGAUUCCAAUUCCACAACAAAACGACACUUCAUUUCCGCUUCUACUGAUAUCGAUCAAUCAAUGGCUGAUCCUGAGUUAGAAGCAAUUAGACGAAGAAGAAUGCAGGAGCUUAUGGGUCAACAUAGCAUGGGAAAUCAACAAAAUCCUGAACAGCAGAAGGCUCAGGAUGAUGCCAAGAGUGAGGCUGAGGAACGGAGGCAAAUGAUGCUUAGUCAGAUUUUGUCAGCUGAAGCACGAGAAAGACUUGCUCGAAUUGCUUUGGUGAAACCUGAGAAAGCAAGAGGUGUUGAAGAUGUUAUACUAAAUGCUGCUCAAAGGGGUCAGAUAGCUGAGAAGGUUUCCGAAGAGAGGCUCAUAUCAUUACUGGAACAAAUUAAUACCCAAACGACUAAACAAACCAAGGUCACGAUCCAGAGGCGUCGGAGUGUUCUUGAAGAUGAUGAUUAGUUCUUAUCUGGAACGAGAGCGGAAUUAUUAAUAUUGUGCUUUUUUUAGUGUGACAAGAUGAUUAAUGAAUACCAUGCUUUGUUGGUUGUAUAUUAAUGAAGUUCUCAACUGUAUUUUCCUUCACGCAGAGUGUCCUGCUGAAAAAGUUCUUGGAGUUGCGGUUUUGAUAUUAUGUCUUUUGGGGGUUAUGAUUUAUUGCUGUAUCUUUUGUGCUUGCUUAUUCAAUGAACAGUUUUUAUUUUUUAUUUUUUAA